AUGGACGACAUGCUAGUAAAGAGUCGAAGGGAGGAAGAUCAUUUGGCCGAUCUCAAAGAAACGUUCGACACACUUCGCUCCUUCAACAUGAAGCUCAAUCCAAGAAAAUGUGCCUUUGGAGUUACGGCAGGAAAGUUUUUAGGAUUCAUGGUGUCCCAAAGGGGAAUCGAGGCUAACCCGGACAAGAUCCGGGCGAUCAUGGAAAUGACACCACCAAGGAAUGUGAAGGAGGUGCAAAGCCUUAACGAAAAAAUAGCGGCACUGAAUAGGUUCGUAUCGAGGGCAAUAGAUAAGUGUUUACCCUUCUUCCGAACGCUAAAGAAAUCCUUCGAGUGGACUGCCGAAUGCCAGCAAGCAUUCGAAGAAUUGAAGGCUUACCUCUCCUCCCCAUCGCUGCUGAGCCUGUCGCAGCCAGGAGAGGAGCUUUUUCUCUAUCUAGCCGUCUCCCUGGCAGCUGUGAGUGCUGCCUUAGUCAGAGAAGAGGAAAAAGUACAAAGGCCUGUGUACUACGCAAGCCGAGCGCUUCGCGGUGCUGAAGAAAGAUAUCCGCCCAUGGAAAAACUCGCCUUUGCGUUAGUUAUGACAGCCUGCAAGCUCAAACCGUACUUUCAAGCCCAUACGGUGAACGUUCUGACUGACAAGCCGUUACGACGGGUAAUGAGCAAUCCCGAGGCUGCGGGUCGAUUAGCGUUGUGGGCUAUAGAACUGAGCGAGUUUGAUAUUCAGUACCGCCCGCGAACCGCCAUCAAGGGACAGGUCGUCGCAGACUUCAUAGCUGAAUUCACCCAUGACGAAGUCAAGGGGGCAGAAGAGUCCCCUCAUUGGAGCAUAUAUACGGACGGGUCGUCCAACAAACAGGCCGGAGGGGCCGGCAUUGUGCUAUUAUCGCCCGAAGGAGACGUCAUUGAAUGUAUGGUCCGUCUCGACUUCCCCGCUACCAACAAUGAAUUGGAGUAUGAAGCGCUGAUAGCCGGGCUCGACCUCGCCAAAGCAGUAGGAGCCGCAAGGGUCGUCAUCUACUGCGACUCUCAGGUCAUCACUAACCAAAUAAAUGGAGACUACGAGUGCAAGGGCGAAAGGAUGAAGAAAUACCUUGAUGAAGUCAGGGCGAGAGUGGAUGACCUGGAAGCUAAAGUUGUCCAAAUUCCUAGAGGAGAAAACGAGCGAGCCGACCGCCUCUCAAAGGCCGCUUCAGCAGAACAAAUGGUCAUCCCAGGUAAUGUACUCUCUUUCGUUCAGCUUUCUCCGCUAAUAGAUCCCAGCAACGUGCAGGAAAUAUGCUCCGAAAACAGCUGGACCACGCUGAUAGUUUCAUAUUUGAAAGACGGGGUCUUACCAAACGAGAAGGAGGCCGCAAGGAAGCUUAAGGUCCGGGCGGCGAGGUUCGUCCUGAUAAAAGACGUCCUGUACAAAAGAGGCUUCUCCCGACCAUAUUUGAGAUGCUUGGGUACGGAAGAGGCAGAUUACAUCAUGAGAGAGGUACAUGAAGGAAUCUGCGGAAACCACUCAGGGUCCAGAUCGUUGGUACAUAAGCUUAUACGAGCAGGGUACUAUUGGCCCACCAUGCAGAAGGACGCCGAAGCCUACGUCAGGACCUGUGACAAAUGCCAAAAGUUCAGCAAUAUCAUUAGACAACCAACCGAAGAGCUGACCCCGAUGACGACCCUAUGGCCAUUCGCACAAUGGGGGUUAGACAUUAUGGGACCAUUCCCUACAGUAGUACGACAGCUGAAGUUCCUGGCGGUAGGCAUUGACUAUUUCACAAAGUGGGUGGAAGCUGAAGCUUUGGCCACAAUAACAGAGAAGAACGUGCGAAACUUUGUUUGGAGAUGCAUCAUAUGCAAGACGACGGCAAGGACACCUACAGGAGAGACACCAUUCCGACUGACGUAUGGAGGCGAAGCGAUCAUCCCGGCAGAAGUUGGGCUCACAAGCUACAGGGUGCACAACCACGAUGUGAACAAAAACGACGAGGCUAUGUGA